GGGGAGACAAGGAAGACCUGGUUGUCCCGACGUCGGGGGGUAGGUACGACGUGUACCUGAAGAAGAGGCAGCGCGUCGCGGUGUACUGGGAGGAGGAGGUGUCAGAAGUGCGUCGCUGCACCUGGUUCUACAAGGGAGACAAGGACAACAAGUACAUUCCCUACUCGGAGACCUUCAGUGAGGAACUGGAGGAAGCUUACAGGAUUGCUGUGACCACAGAUGAGUGGAAGAAGAAACUGGAGUCCCCCAGCAGGGAAAUCAUUGUCUUGCACAACCCAAAGCUGAUGGUGCACUACCACCCGGUUGCCACCUCUGAUGACUGGGGCUCAACUCCCACAGAGCAAGGUCGGCCUCGGACUGUCAAGAGAGGAGUAGAAAACAUCGCUGCUGAGAUCCCCAACGGAGAGCCGCUGCAGAUCGACCACCUGGUGUUCGUGGUGCACGGGAUCGGCCCCGCGUGUGACAUUCGCUUCAGGAGCAUUGUGCAGUGCGUGAAUGACUUCAGGAACGUGUCCCUGAGCAUGCUGCAAGCGCACUUCAGGAAGGCCCAGGAGCAGCAGCAGAUCGGCCGGGUGGAGUUCCUACCUGUGAACUGGCACAGCUCCCUCCACUCCACCGGGGUGGACGU